GUCCCCUUUUCCCUCCAAAUCGCCCGCGCGCCACCCGCCCCCGCCUGAUGCGACGCCCUCCGCCACCUCGUUCUUCGCCUCUCCCUGCGCCUCCUCCCCUCCCCGCCUCGUCGUCUCUCCCAUGGCGGAGAGGAGGGCCCUCCCCCCGCCCGUGCCACCCGCCUCGCCCGACCCCGCCGCCUCCUCCGGCGCCGUCUCCACCGCCUUCGGCUCCCCGCUCGACCCCGUCGCCGCGCGCCCGCACCAGCCGCGCGACACGUACGUCGUCCACGUCCAGAAGGACCAGGUAUACCGCGUCCCGCCGCCCGAGAACGCCUACCUCGCCGAGCGGUACCGCGCGGAGGGCGGCGGCGGCGGCGGCGGGAAGGGCGGCGCGUGCUCCCCGUGCGCCCUGCGCACGCUCGGCGCGGUCCUCGCCGCCGCGCUGCUCCUCGGCGCCGCCGCCGCGCUGUCCGCCGUCGUGCUGCGGCCGGACGCGCCGAGCUUCGUCGUCGACAACCUCUCCGUGCACACCAACGCGUCGCGGCAGCACCACGUGGCCUACGACUUCUUCCUCACGGCGAUCAACCCGAACAAGGUGACCGCGCUGUGGUAUGGCGGCCGCGGCACGGCGAGGCUGGCGCACAAGGGCAACGCCCUGGCGAAGGGCGGCGUCGGGGAGCCCGAGGACGGCGGGGAGGACGCCAUGGGCUUCAACGUGCUGCUCCACGGGACGCAGCGCGACGGCCGCACGCCCAGGGCGGUGGAGAAGGCGCUCCGCGGCUCCAAGGGCGCCGUGACGCUCGACCUCGCCGUCGAGUUCGCCGUGCAGGUGCACGCCGGCGCGCUCGGCUUCGAGCGGAGGACGCUGGCCGUGUCGUGCCACAUCACCGCCGCCGGGCUGAGGAAAGACGUGCACAUCUCCUCGCAAACGUGCAAGAGCCGCUUUGGAAACUGACGACAUGUACAACGAGCUUGGAUAGGGUCAUACGAAUUCGUGUAAAAAUUGCCAGACUCUUUGAUGAGAUUUGCGUGUAAAUUGUUUACGAACCAAAUUCUGGGACUUGACUUGGCGUGAAUUUUGGACAAAUGUUCUCAAGCUUAUGUUCAACUCGGGGACUAAAGCAUCGAUUCAAUUA